UCCAAACAAACCCAAAAUAAAUAUCGUCCAAAUAUUUUCAAACAACAAACGAAACAUAGAAGGAAAAAAAUAAAGAUGGGCCCAUCAGUUUUCUCCGUAGUGUGUAUUCUCCACUCUCUCAUCGCUAGCUUCACCGGUGUUCUCAUGAUGUUCUACAUGAAAGAUAUCUACACCUUCUCACAUGGAACAGAAGCUGCAACAAAGCUAUUGGGCUCCACCCCACAAGCCCAACUGGUUAUUCGCAGCUCCGACUCGUUUUCAGGCCUGCUACUGUUGACAAUCGGGCUAGUACUUUUCAUGGUAGCGUUCGUAGAUGACAAAGAGUUUCAGAGUUUCUUUGCAAAAGGGUGCGUUGUGCUACAUGUGUUGAUGGCAAUUUGGAGAUAUAAUUAUGAAAGAAGGGUAGAAGAUUUGGCUUGGGAUUGGAUGAGGCAGAUAUUUGGUGAUUGUUUGUUGGCUCUUUCUUGGGUUUUCUUUCUUUUGCAAUCUUGGAAAGUUAAAUAUGAGUAGGAGACUAUUUGUGUUACUUUAAUAAGUAUAAUCUCUGUGUUCUUCGUGUGUGCUGUGUAUGAUCUUACAAAAUACAAACUACAACUUUGUAAAUAUUAAAAGAAAUUGUUUCGUUUGUGUGUGA